AUGAGUGAACAAGCUAUUUCUUCAUUAGAGCUCAUUAAUUAUGAAUUAACCAAAACAGAAGUAAGUGAAGAUAAAACUUUAGGGCAGGUCUCAACUGCAAGUAAAGAUAAUAUUUUAAAGCAGGCCUCAACUGCAAGUGAAUGGGUAUUAGAAGAAAUUACAAUUGUGCAAGGAGCGGCAAAUAAAAAAGAAUCAAUAUUUCAUGGACAAGGUUUUUUAAAAUGUUUAUGUACACAUAAAUGCUAUAAUAAUUAA